AUGCAAUGUUACACUGAGUUAUCACCACCUACUGCAGUCACACACUCCCUAAGAAUUCCGUUUAUUUCUGCCGAUUCGAAUAAUCUUCUUGUUGCUAAAACUAGUCUACUACAGAUAUUUACCACGAAGGUUGUCUCGGUCGAGCUCGAUACUGUACCAGAUGUCGACGUAUCCCGGCGAAGUGAAAAAAAUGACGCUUUACCAAAUGACGAUUCAACUCGGAAUGAUCGGGCGCGAAGGACAAAGCUCGUACUAAUUGCAGAAUAUACACUCUCUGGAAUUAUCACAUCACUUGUCCGAGUAAAAACCGUGUCAUCAAAAUCUGGUGGAGAGGCGGUGUUGAUAGGAUUGAAAGAUGCAAAACUUAGUCUUGUGGAAUGGGAUCCGAUUCUUCAUGGAAUAUCUACUAUUUCAAUUCAUUACUAUGAGCAAGAUGAUCUCCAAAGUAGCCCAUGGGCACCAAGUUUAAAGGACUGCGUCAAUUACCUUUCUGCUGAUCCUGCUAGCCGAUGUGCAGCUCUAAAGUUCGGUCUUCGCAACUUGGCGAUUCUUCCGUUCAGACAAGGUGAUGAGGAUGUGAACAUGGUAGACUGGGAUGACGAGUUGGAUGACAAUAACUCAUCUGAAAAGAUUGCAUCGAAAAACGUGAAUGGAUCUGCUACGAAGGACGAGAGACCUUACAAUGCAUCUUUUGUACUUCCUUUGCCUAGCCUCGAUCCAAAUCUACGUCAUCCUAUUCAUCUGGCCUUCCUCUACGAGUAUCGCGAACCUACUUUCGGAAUUCUUUCGUCCAAUUAUUCUCCUGCAUCCUCGCUUCUUUCUGAGAGAAAAGACAGCCUCACAUACAUGGUGUUCACAUUAGAUCUGUACCAAAAGGCGUCUACAACUAUUUUAUCUGUAUGCGGUCUACCGUAUGAUUUGACUCAAGUCGUUGCGCUACCGGCCCCUGUUGGUGGAGCUCUACUAAUUGGUGCAAAUGAGUUGAUACAUAUUGACCAAGCAGGAAAAGCGAAUGGAAUAGCUGUCAAUAUGUUUGCUAAGCAGUGUACUUCUUUAAACCUUUAUGAUCAGUCUGAUAUGGAAAUGCGCCUUGAAGGUUGUAAGAUUGAGCAGAUUUCUGUACAAACUGGUGAGAUGAUAAUAAUUCUCCUGGACGGCAAGCUUGCAUUGCUAAGCUUCCAUAUGGAUGGAAGAUCGGUAUCUGGUCUAGGGAUUCGUCGAGUAGCUGAAAUUUCAGGAGGCUCAUUAAUCCCUACAAGGGCAUCUUGUGUGAGUGCUCUCAGUCCAAACGCAGUAUUCGUGGGGAGCGAAUGUGCAGAUUCGGUUGUUCUUGGAUGGAGUCGUCGUGUGAACCAUACAAAUCGCCGUAAAUCGCGACAAGAAUUAUCUGAGGAGGCUGGCGAUAUCUCGCUUGAUGAAGAUGAUGACGACGAUGCAGACGACGACUUAUAUGGCGAUACUAUUUCAUCUCAAAUAGAAUUCGACGAGAGAUCAGGUACGCUUAACAGCAAGGCAGGAGACUAUAUAUUUUAUAUCCACGAUACACUUGCAAAUAUUGGCCCAAUUUUAGACGUAACUUUUGGGAAUUCGGCGAACCAAAAUAGUGUCACUGCUAAAAAUACACUGGAAGAUAAUAAUGGACACUUGGAUAUAAUAGCAGCUGUUGGUAAAGAAAAAUCCGGCUCUCUGGUUAUCCUUCAUCAAAAUAUUCAGCCCACUGUAAUUGGACGUUUUGAAUUUCCUGAAGCCAGGGGAAUAUGGACGGUAAAUGUAAAAAAACUUUCGGAAAGGAAACACGAGAAUUCUAAUGAUAAUUCUAAUUUGGGAAGCUGGCAUGAAGUCCAUCAGGAGUAUGAUAGAUUAAUGAUUGUUUCUAAAGAAAUCGAUGGGAGUGUAGAGAAAUCUGAUGUCUUUGCUCUGACAUCAGCUACCUUCGAAGCUUUAACGGGAACUGAAUUUGAGCCAGCUGCUGGACAAACAGUUGAAGUUGGCACACUAGGUAACUGCAUGCGGAUUAUCCAAGUCCUCAAAUCUGAAGUUAGAAGUUAUGAUGGUGAUCUCGGUCUAGCACAGAUUAUUCCCAUGUAUGACGACGACACAGGUGCUGAGCCAAAGGUUGUUAGUGCGAGUUUCGCAGACCCGUAUUUGCUUCUAGUAAGGGAUGAUUCAAGCAUUUUUGUCGCUCAGUGUGACGACAACAAUGAGUUAGAGGAAGUAGAUAGAGUGGAUAAAAUACUUCUAACAACAAAGUGGAUCACAGGCUGCAUCUAUUGUGAUUCUACUGGUAUAUUUGCUUCUGUGGACCCCGAAAAAAAAAUAAAGAAUCGAGGUAGGGUAAUGAUGUUUCUACUCAGCGAGAGAGGUACAUUGCAUAUUUAUGCACUACCAGAACUUACCGAGCCUGUCUAUGUUGCUGAGAGCCUCUGUUUUGUUCCACCAGUUUUGAGUAUUGACCAUGUCGUGCGAAGGACUACUGCAAAAGCAACUAUCAUUGAAAUGCUAGUCGCGGACCUUGGGGAAGAAGUUUCAAAGUCACCUUAUCUUAUACUUCGUUGCUUGAAUGAUGAUUUAACAAUAUAUGAGCCCUACCGCACCAAAAUAUCAUCUACAAGCGAUCUUUCUUCAACACUAAGAUUCCUCAAACUAUAUAACCCACAUCUCGCUAAAAAUCCCGAUAUUUCUGGAAACGAAAAUCCCGAUAGUGUUCGAGAAAUUAGAGAGAGACCUAUGAAAUCCAUCCCAAAUGUUGGGGGUUACAGCUUAGUUUUCUUACCCGGAACGUCUCCUAGUAUUAUAUUAAAGAAUUCGAAAAGUAUUCCGAAAGUGAUAGGCCUACAGAGCAUAGGCGUAAGAGGAAUAAGUGGCUUCCAUACUGCUGGUUGUGAAAGAGGGUUCAUUUAUGUUGAUGUUAAAGGCAUUACACGUGUUGCACAAUUGCCUCAACAAACUAGUUUUGCGGAGCUUGGUAUGCCCCUACGAAGAGUUGAUAUCGGGGAUGCUGUUCACGCUGUGACAUAUCACCCACCUAUGGACUGCUACGUCGUGGCAACAAGUACGAAAGUUGACUUCGAGCUCCCCAAGGAUGAUGAUCAUCACCGAGAGUGGGCGAGAGAAGAUAUUUCGUUCAGAGCUACAACAGAACAGAGCUUUUUGAAGUUAUAUAACCCUAUUAACUGGUCAGAAAUCCAUACAGUUGAAUUGGAUCCCUUUGAGAGUAUCCUCUGCGUCAAAACGUUGAGUCUUGAAGUAUCUGAGAUAACGAAUGAGCGUAGGCAACUUAUAACUGUUGGCACAGCCAUCUGUAAGGGGGAAGACCUGGCCACAAAGGGACGUAUAUAUGUAUUCGAUAUCGUAUCUGCAGUACCGGAACCAGAUCGACCUGAAACAAAUAAACGUCUGAAACAAAUUGCGAAAGAAGAAAUCGCUCGCGGGGCGGUUACUGCCCUAUCUGAGAUAGGUACACAGGGUUUUAUGCUUGUUUCCCAAGGGCAGAAGUGUAUGGUCCGAGGUCUAAAAGAAGAUGGAUCUCUUCUGCCUGUUGCAUUCAUGGACAUGAACUCUUUUGUCACGUGUAUCAAAGAACUUCGUGGUACUGGUCUAUGUAUCUUUGCCGAUAUCAUUAAAGGUGUUUGGCUUGCCGGCUAUACUGAAGAGCCAUAUAAAAUGAUGUUAUUCGGAAAAUCAGGGAAAAAAAUGGAAGCACUUACGGCCGAGUUUUUGCCGGAUGGGAAGGAAUUAUAUAUCGCUGUAGCUGAUGCAGAAUGUAAUUUGCACAUCUUGCAAUAUAAUCCAGAGCAUCCUAAAUCCUUACAUGGUCAUCAGCUAUUACACCGUUCUACAUUUGCCCUCGGCGGUCACUUCCCCACGACCAUGACUCUUCUCCCUCGCACUAAGACAUCCGUACACCUCCCUCCCUCUACAAACACUAUGAAUACGGUAGUAGAUACGACUAAUAUUGGUCAUCAAAUUAUUAUAACACUAGAUACAGGAUGUAUUGCUCUGUUAUCGCCUUUAACUGAAGCCCAAUACCGUAGACUGAGCACGCUAACCACACAUUUAUCAAAUACCUUGCAUCAUGCUUGCGGACUGAACCCAAGGGCAUUUAGGAUUGAUCGAGAUGCCCCGGAAAGCAUGGCAGGUGGUCGAACAGUUGUGGAUGGCACGCUCUUAAGCCGUUGGAACGAGCUAGGAAGUCAACGGAGAGCUGAGGUGGCCGGAAGGGUUGGAGUCGAUGUGGACCAGAUUCGGGAAGAUUUACUUGUAUUGAGAGGCGGAUUGGACUUUUUGUGA